AUGGCGGAGGCCAACCUCGAGCGAGGUGGCGGGGCGGUAGCCGAAGUUGCACACGGCGUGGUUGACAUUGGCGUGCGUGAACGGCACGUCGCCGUUGGUCGGCAUCGUGACGACGCGCUUGUGCGCCUUCUUGCUGAGGAGCUUCUCGAGGAUGGCGACCAUGCGGGUGACGGCCACCGGCGAGGUGUUGCCGAGGUUGUACACGCAGAGCGGCAUGGGCCCACGCUUCUUGUCGGACUUGGAGCCCGUGCUCUUGCCGGCCGUGUCGAGCGCGCUGAGAAAGAUUCCUCUGUGUUGCCAUUGAUUUCACCCGUUCGUGGCAUGUCUGUGUGGAACAAUGCAUUGGUUGAAAUCAAUUUGAAGGCCAAGAAAAACGAAAAAUCUGAUGAUCUUAUUCUUAUUGAUUCAUGCAUUGAGUUUAGAUGGAAUAGGAUCAUUCGUGACAAGAAGCUCAAGUCUAGAAUUGAUGGCCCAUUUGGUGCAUUUGAAAUGGAGUACAUGUUUAUCAAGCAUGGGAUAGAAGCUGUUGUUGAAGUUGACAUUCCUUUGGAAUUGAUUGGUGACCAUGUCCUGAUUGUUGCUCGCAGCACCGGGUUUAAGCAGGAGGUGAUAAUAUAUGAUGAUGUUGUGAAGGAAGAGACGAGGAAGAUUUCCGCUGUUAUUGUUGCUUCUCAUGGCGGGAGUUUACAUUUUGGUUUCCUAGCAACAGGGAUCCGUGCUAGUGCUGACUUCAUCAAAUUCCAAGUGAAGAAGUCUGGAAGCCACGAAGGGUAUCUGUUCAUCUUGAAAGAGCCACAGUCGGCCAUGCUAAAUUAUGAACCUCAUGAUAUCUUGGUAGUUGACAGUUGUUUGCCUCGAGAAAGUCUACAGCUUCCCCAGAAAAAGGGAAGGAUUCUUGCAUUGCGAAGGAGUGCCAAUGAUCCUGGAGUAAUUAGAGUCCCUUUUAAGGUCACAUUUUCAACAAUGGGAUAUUAUAACAAUGGAAUGUUAUGA